AAGCCGCCUUCGCAAACGCCACGCAGCUGGGUGAUCAUCAGCAUCUUCAGCGUACUUCUAGCGUGGUCCACUAUACAAAUCCCCGUACUACUUCUACUUCUCGAGAACAAGGUCCACCAUCUUCUUCUUCGUCAUCUUCGCGGGACCACAGCUCCGAGGGUGUUGAUGUGCCAGGUAGCUUGAUGUUCUCCGACGAGGACGGCCGAGGAACGACUGCAGCUGCACGACGCGCCGGAGCUGGUCUGAAUAACAAGGGACCGCAGCUGCACAAGAGUUGUACUUCUAAAGAGGCCCAACAUCUCGAGUACUAUCACCAGGAAAAGAAAAAGAACACGAUGUGGACCCCAAAUAGCGCGACGAGAAAUAUUAAUAUUAAACCGCUGUCCGUCGGGGGAACUCGAACUACAUCAACAUUGCCCGCCUCGUCCCACAUAAAAGCUCCAAAGCAUUUUUACUCCAGCCGCCCCUUAAAUUUGAAGCAGACCGAGUACGUCAUCACAGUGCAACAACCUUUACAUACAUCGGGAGUUUUAUUGAGUCGGGCCCCUACAACUGCUAAUCCCGACAUGGAUGCCGCGCUGUUGCAGCGGGCGCGGGUGGUCGGCGGAUUAUACCCGCCGCCGGAGGAAGUGGAUACAAGUCAUGCGCACACGGAAUACGAAAAGUGGCAACUUAACGAACUCUAUCAAAUGCAAAAACAUCGUCCCCACCCCAGAGUUGUCAUGCAGAUUUGCAAUUGUACUUGUAGGAAGAUUUGCAAUGCGCAUGCAUUUUCAAUCGUGUUUUGGAAUUUCUGAUGCUGUCAACAGGAUAAGUAGAUGGCUUUGUGAUGCGGCUGCACUUGCUAGACUGCACUACAAUGCAGAGAGAAACUUGUCAUGCGUGACUCCCAAAGCUUCUGGAUUUGUGUUGCGAGAUGUCGCCCAUCUUGACUCUGGGGUGGGGACGUUUUUACACAGAAUAAACUCGAAAACUUGAUGUCCAGGUACCAAGCUGAUGGCGAGCAGUACAGCUGUAGUAGCACAGAAGGAGUACAACUUCUAUCCGCAUCUUGUUCGGCCGCGGCAGGAACAUUUGUCCGAGCCAACUUGGCCGCUUCGGGCGAAGAAGAGCAAAGUCACGGGACAGAAACGCACCAAAAUUGUCCCGAAGAAGAUCUUCACUGUCGCGGAAGUAGAAGAGGGCAAAGUGUUGACGGAGCAGAAGAUGAAGACUCUAAUUGUACAACAAAUGCUGCCGCAUCUUCGGUGUAAAAAAUGGAAAUGCCUGUGGUCCCGAUUAUCAUGUGGAGGUCCUUUAAAAAUACACGCUUUGUAUCUUUGACUCUCAUCUCCACACUUCUGUCGGAUCUUUUUCACGAAAAGAAAGGUGCAGGAGCAGGUCGGUCGCUUUUAAUAUUUUCCAGAAGAGUAUAAAGAAAACUACCAUAUAGUAUUUUCUUCCCUAUGUAGUAGAUACGUGAACUACGCAUUACUAUUUGAAGCGACAAGAUGAAAAACACGCUUAUGUGUAAAGUACAUACUAACCGAAAACACAGUCACAGCAUCAUCUUCUUAACAUAUUAGAGUAACAAGUAGCAAGCAAAGUAGCUGUGCUUAACAUGAUCGUGCGCAUGAAGCAUCAAAUUUGUACCGAAAAGCCUAUCCUCGAAGUACAGGCCAAAUAUUGAUAAUUCUAUGUCGAAGCGAGAAGAAUUAUUUCGUGUCAAUAAAUAAGGUUGCAUCUACUUCGAAAUGUUUGAAUUCACAAAAUGUCAGGCAGGAAGGCGAAGGUCAGCUCGCUAAUAUUGUAGCGGGCCUAGAAGAUUCAUAUACUUAGCUAGUUAUGUUUCCCCUGCUCUAUUGAGGAAAUUAUCAUCGAUCAGGCGCGCGCCUAUCCAGGACCUUUUGUUAGUUUCCGUGCAUGAGUAUCUUUAUCUAUCGAGUUACUUACGUUACUCACGCGACUACCUCAUCAGCGACAGCACACUUUAGUAACCAUGGUUUUCUUCAAACAAGCACUUGUUCUCAGGUCGUGUUUGGGUCUCGGUCUCACCUGAUCACUCCAACGAAUUUGAUGAACUUUGACUUUCAGCUAGAAGCAUAAUAGAUUAUAUGCAAGGACUACUAGUAGUACCUUUUUCGACGAUAGAAGUAGUUCCAGACAAGCUCAUAGUAAGACACUUUUUCUUAUUUCACAUUCACAUGGGUUGUAAUAAAACAUGAAGCUCAGCUGCCUCGCCUUGCAGCGUAAUAUUGUUUGUUCAAGGAUCAUGCUACUGCACUAGUCGGGAGGUACUUGAUGUCUUCCCGUAAGCAAUAGCUAAGAGAGCGUCUGACGAGAAAUCAAUGCUCAAGCAGCGAGACCAAUUAUACAUAGUACUUUGGAAAAAUUAUCGGCCCACGGGUCCAUUAAUAAACGUAGAAAAACCAACAGCACAAACACGACUUUAAUCGCAUGGAGGAGAAUGAAAGAAGUGCUGCAUCAUGUUGAAAAACCAAAACGAGGGACUGUCGCAAA